CAGGCCGUGGGUUAGAAAGCUCAGCAUCAGAGUAGGAUAUGAACAGUAUGGCUGACAGCUGAAACCCGCCAGCUGAACAGAGUUUACAGGUAACAUGAUGGAGGUGACAGGUCCCUGGGCAGAAGUUUUUGAGGGCUCAGAGACGAAGGAGGAGUCAGCUGAGACGCUGUUGGGCAGCUCCACUCUGACUCUGGCUCCUCUGGUAGCUGACUCGCCAUCCGUUCGCCGCUCCCAGCCCAUCCCGAUUACCUCAAACAGGGCGAAGGGCGUGGAGUCGUUCUCGUCCUCCGUCCCAUCCAUACCAAACCCGUUCCCGGAGCUGUCCAAGUCUCCAGUGUUCAUUAGCUCAUUUCCACCACAGUCCUGUGACAAACAUAUGAUUAAGGUGUAUGGAGAGGACAGCCAUAGUAGGUCUGUGUGGAUUUCUCCAGGAGAGACAGCCAGGGAGGUGUGCCACAUGCUGGUGCACAAGGCUCACUGCAGCGACCAGGAAAACUGGGCCCUCCUCGAAGUCCAUCCCACCCUCGGUUUGGAGAGGUGUCUGGAAGACCACGAGGUUGUAUUGGAGGUUCAGGCGACCUGGGCUCUGAAGGGUGACACAAGAUUCAUGUUCUGGAAGAAUUACGCCAAGUACGAGUUCUUCAGGAAGCCAGUGCUCUUCUUCCCAGAGUCCAUGAUCUCUGACAGUGCUGAUGUCAGCAAGGGUAUGACAUCAUCAGAGCUCAUUAAGGACCUGCUGAAGUCGGGGACCUGUCCAGAGAUCCAGGGUUUCCUGCAUGUGAGAGAACCAGGACGAAAGGCCUGGAAGAAGGUCUUCUUCUUCCUCCGCCGCUCGGGACUCUACAGCUCCGCCAAGGGCUCGUCCAAGGAGCCUCGUCACCUGCAGUAUGUGGCUGAUCUGGAUGAGCUGAACGUCUACACUGUGGUGAACAGCCGCAAACUGUAUGGAGCGCCUACAGAUUUCACCUUCUGUAUCAAGCCUUCCAACAAUCCCAUCCGUGUUCAGGAUCUGAGGUUCCUGUGUGCUGAAAAUGAACAGACACGGACUUGUUGGACAUCCGCCUUCAGAUUGUUCAAGCAUGGGAAGCAGCUCCAGUGUAACUACCAGAUGUCCAAAUCAGCUCCGCAAAAACAGGAAGGAACCAACCUCACAGAUGGCAAAUCGAAGUCUGAGGCCAGCCUGGUGGCCAUGGACUUCUCUGGGAAGGCUGGAGGGAGGGUCAUCCAGAACCCGAUGGAGGCCCAGAGUGCAGAGCGGGAGGAGGGGCUAGCCUGGAGGAGGCGAGAGGCCCUGAGGUGCAGCCUGCCUAACCUGAACACUGCUGUGAGACCUUCUUCCAUCCACAAGACCCAGCUGUGGUUUCACGGUCGUGUUUCCAGGAAAGAAGCAGAGAGACUGAUAGAGAAGCAGGGGCUGGUAGAUGGGAUGUUCCUGAUUCGUGAGAGCCAGCAGCACGCUCGCUGCUUCGUCCUGUCGCUGUGCUACGAGCUGAAGACGAAACAUUAUCUGGUGAUCCUGUUUGAGGACGGUGGCAGGACGUACUUCACCAUGGACGACGGCGACACGCUCUUCAUUGACCUCCUGCAGCUGGUGGAGUUUCACCAAAUCAACAAGGGCAUCCUGCCAGUGUGCCUCAAACAUCCCUGCGUCUGUGUAGCUCUAUAAACCCGCGGCUCCGUCACCUCACCUCUGCCCUGCUGCACCACCCGAACUCACUCAAUCAGGGUCUGAAAGAAAAUCUUUAACUGCAGUGGGAUUGAUUUAUCAGGGCUGUGAGACGAGGACUCGUGGGACUCCAAACACGAAGCAUAUUGUCUGCUCCUCCUCCUUUCAGUUUUUUUUUAAUUAUUCUCCACAACAUGCAGCUCCAGAUUGUGGCUGCUUUUAAUUUUAAUUAACGACCAGCAGCCCCAUCAGAGACAGCUUAAUUAGCCAUGUUGGAUAGAAGUUUGUUGAUAAUGUGCACUUUGAUUUGGAUCCAUGCAACGGCUGCCAUGAGCAGUCAAAGACCUUCAUUGUGAUGAGAAGCAGCAGCAGGAGGAGGUGGUGUCUGAUUGUGGCCUGCACAGUGAAAGUGUAGCCACCAGAGGGCGAUCUGAUUCAAAGCUCAAAGGAGGAAUUCAUGAGAUUUCUCUGCUCAAUAUGGGAAGAGAACAAGUGUGAAUUGGUGGGAGAAUAUUUAAUCAUAAAUAUGCACCUGGUUGCAUUCAUGUAGCAUGUAAAUUUUCAAUCUCCUGACUGCUGUUUUUUGGAUUUGUGCCUCAUAUUUUAACUUGGAACCAGCUUUAAUUCAUAUAACAGUAAAAGCUAUCUCACUGCUGUAUUUGCACAAUAGUGGUGAAGGGGACUCUUGUUUUAGUUUUAUGGGAGUGCAUCUAGAGGGGAAAAGCUAACUCCAGAAGGAAAACCUUAAAAUGUGGUUAAAGCUGUACGUCAACCCGAAACAAAGACGUCUCACGCUGUAAUUCUGAAAAAUGGACGAACGUUUCCCUCUAUUUGGAAAAAGUGCAGUUUUAUACCAAAAAAGCGUAGCUAGUGCUGUGGCUCCUAAAGGCAUAAUAAAAAUGUAUUAAUGCCAAAUUACAAAAUCAUUUCUCAGAUAACAUCUGGGAAAUUAUUGGGAAGCUAUGCAGCGGUUUACAGAGGGGGUGUGUGUAUGUGUGUGCGUGCUGGGUAUGGGGAUUAGACUGUGUGUGACUGCACUUCCUGUUUGUAUUUUAUCAUGAAGGUUUGUUGCUGAAAUGUUUGCAUGUACAUACAUAUGGGCAUUAUUCAUUCAAUGACAUUUACUGUUUUCACACAUUUUAUUGA